AAGAAUUGAAAUUUGAACCUGACGACUGGCUCAAUUACCUUAGGAUGGACGAAAAAACUUAUGUGGAACUUUUGAACAUCGUUACUCCAUUGAUAAAACGCCAAGAUACAAUAAUGAGAACCGCAAUAUCUCCACACGAACGACUAAAUGCAACGCUAAGUUUUCCACAACAGAAGCAGCAUGGAGAAGUAUUGCUCGAGUCUUUGAAGCCCCACAUUCUAAAUUGUAUAGGGGCGGUGGAUGGCAAAAAUGUAAAUAUAAUACCGCCACAGAAUAGCGGAGCAUAUUAUUAUAACUACAAAGGAUACAACAGUUUAGUACUGAUGGCCAUAUGUGACGCAAAUUGUGGAUUCAUAAUGUGUGAUUUUGGUGUGAAUGGACGAAUAUCAGAUGGAGGAAUUAUUGCAUAUACUCAGUUUUACAAAAAACUUAAAAGAGAACUGCCAUUCGUGUUCAUUGGCUUUCGCAUUACGUACAGAUUUUUUAAAACCUUUUAG